AUGACGUCGUGAUCUCUUGUUCACAGCAGCGCUUGACCGGACGAAUCUAAUGAAAAGGGUUCAUCAAAAAAAAGGGAACAUGCAUGAAUAUUCAAUUCGAAUUCAAAAAGAAAAUCAGAAAUCAAAAAGGUGUUUUCGUCGUCAUUUUCUACGUUAAGUACGUAGACCGUCAAUGUCACGACAAUCAACAAAAUAUUUUGUUUUAUCUCAAAACUGCAAUUUUGAAAUUCGAAACUGAAAUUUGUUUUAUGCCGUGUUCAAAGUGGCCCCGCGAAAACAAAAUAGUCGUCCGAAAGUGAAAAGGGUAACUGGAUUAUGGAGAGUCAGAGACGCUUUUGAGUUUUUGCGGAAAUUACUUUGAACGCGGCAUAAACUUUCGCUUCGAUUCUUUUUUUUUACAGAUCUGAAUCAAUUUUUCAUUGAAAAAAUGGUUGAAAACUUUGAAUUCUUUUAUUGGGAGCUCGUCAGUCUUCAGAAUUUCUUCGUAACUAUUUAGAAGAUUUUUUGAUUAUUUUCCAUUCCAUUCCAAAUGACUUUUUUUCAUACGCUUCAGUUCUUAAUAACAUAUAUUCUGUUUUUAAUAACAUUGAAAAGCACGUAGGAUGUUGAAAAUGGAAGCAGAAUAAUUUUUUCCCUUUUUUACAUUUUCGUAAUAAGUCCAUAAAUUCCGUUUUCAGAUAUUUUUGUCUUAACUUCAAGCUCUUGGAUAGAUGCCAACGAUUAAAGUAAGUAAUUUUGUACUUGUUGCUUGAGUUAAUUCAAUUUAUAUCAAAUUUCAAUAUUUUUCAUGAGUUCUCCCUCAAAUGAGGUUUUAUAAUUAUUCAGUCUAAUUUAUUAAGUUGUCCUCUGUUCUAUCGUUCGAUAAUUGAAGUGAUUUGAAAAAUGGAAAACCGAAAAAAAAGAAUUUUUUUUGCCAUUUCAAAAAAUGAAAAAAAAAUAAGGACGUGAACCAAUUAAACGUUUAUUCCAAUUUUUCUUCAUUCAGCCUCUUGACCGGUUGCUCUCCCCAAAAAGAAAUGUCCGUGAAGGAACAGCGUCGCAUUCAGGAAUUUGUUCAUCAGAGUAUUCAGGAGGUUUUCUCCUAUAUUUGAUUGGAUAUAGAAGGCAGAACUGAUAGGUCCUGCGAGCACACGACGAAGUUUGUCGGUCGACAUCGAAAAAGGCGUGUGAGGAGCACUGGAAUCGGCUCACCCACAACAUUACGAUCUUGCGCAGGCGUCUCAGCAAGCUGGAAACCCAUGGAUACGGUAUAUUCGAGAAAACUAACUGGGGAAAAAAAUUAAUAAUUGAUUGACAGUGAAUUCGUGAAAGUUUUUUCCAAAGACUUUUUCAAAAUUUUUGAGUAUCUUCUGUCAAUUUUUGUAAGAAAAUAGAAAGUCCUCAAAAGGAUAGAAGUUAGUUAUUUCCUUCGGGAUAGAAUAAUUUAAAAAUUUUAUGGUGACUAAACGUGAAAAGACAAUGGUUCGAUGGUUAAACUGGGAAUAUCCUUUUUUUAAUUAUCGCUCAAGCGACCAUUACUGUUUUAAUGUGUAUUUAUAAGUAAUAGUAAAUACACCUAUUGAAAAAGACGUACCACAAGCCUUCAAUUAGCAAAAGCCUCGAGAAAGACUUUGAUUUUGAAGAAGUUCUCUCGAAACGCUUCGACAAGCUUCGCGCUCCAGUGAUGCAAGAGACACUGGUCUCCGAACUUUCGGAUCCAUGGGAAACCCAAGGAAUCGUCCAGGAAACCUUCGAAGUCAAUGUGAACGUAGUUUGGCCUGAAGCCACGGCUCCCAGGUCCCCUCUCGCCGAAAUGGAGAACUUCGAGGAUGAAAAGUCGGAAUUGCAGUCGAUCGACUCCCUUUCCAUCAGAGAUUUGUGAGCCUUUUUAAAAGUUCAUCCUUAAUAGUCCUCUAAUAUGGAGGCAGGUAAAAACCCUCUCAAGUCUUUUUUCAAUGAAUUUUGAAAUCUUUCUUUUUUUCUGAUUUUUUUGCCGCCGGCUUUGCAACCUUGUUAGACUGUUAGGAAACACAAAAGCCUUGUAGCUUAAAAAAUAGCACUGAAAUUAAGAAAUUCAUAAAAAAAAUUGGUGUCUCUCUUAAAUCGUACUCAGAACUUUCAAAAAAAAAAAUGUUCCUGGUUUUUAUUAGGGUUUUCAAACAGGCUAGAAACUUUUUUGGGUAAGUCGAUCAUUUUUGAAAUUUUGUUUGCCUCAACUCGCGAUGAAACACUUCGGUUUAGGCUUUUGCUCAGGCUUGAGUCAAGGAUUUUUGAAUAGCGGGAAUAAUUUUUUUCUAAAGAAUAGAGAAAACUACUCUUACAACAGAUUUUCAUUUUUUUCAAAAACAUAAACUAGAAAAAAAAAUUACUUUUUUUUUAAUUCUCGGGAUUUUGAAAAUUUCUGCAUCAUAUAUAUUUUAUAUAUCCUGAAAACUCGGUAUUGUCAAAAUUUCAGAACAGCUUUUUCAGAAGCGAUCUAUCGGAAAAAAGUAGCCUUGAGAGCCAAAGACUGGACAGUCCGGUACCGGAGGAGGUGAUCGUGGCGGAAAAGCCGACCAACAAAUUGAACCUCGAAGGAAUGAUGGACGAAUUCCUGGUCAUUUCCACGGACGAAAAGGAUACCAACAUCAACUCGCAGCUCGCCGAGCAGGAAAUGAACAAGGUUGACUUGAGUUGAUCACGGUGUUAAAGCAGGUACUCAAAACCUUGAAAAAGUAUCUCUCUGCUCUACUUUUUUUUUAAGAGAUGAAAUCAAUUUGAACCUACUUUACAUUAGACUUUUGGAUAAGACUAGGCUCCCUAAGUGCAGUUUUUGCGCUGAUUCAAAAUCUCUAGGUGCAGUUUUUGCGCUGAUUCAAAAUCUGGUCAAAAACUGUCGAGAAGCUUGAGAAAAAGUAGAGAGACUUUCAAAAGGCAAAAUUUUCAACGCCUCCGGUUGAGCCUAUUUUCGAAUGGUGAUUUAGUUCUUAUCCGUCUGGUCGCGAAAAAUCACCUUCUUUCUCUUGAAAAAAGUGUUUGAGACGAAAUUUGGUGUCAGUCUCAUUCAGAAGUCAGACUUUAAAUCAUUCCUUGACAAGCUCAGAAAUUUUAUAACCGACUUUCUAGAAGCGCUUCGAAGUCAUUCUUCACUUAAAAAUUAUUGUGUCACUUUUUUUCGAAACUAGUGUCUGUUUUCAGAACAAGCUAAUUAUUAAGUAUGCGGCUAGAAAAAAGGAGGUUCAGAAAAUAUAAACUAUAAAUGAAGUUUAAAAGGUUAUAUAAAGCCCUAAUGUCCAACAUGGAAUUUACAAGACAAAUGAGAAAGAUAUGAGACACGCUUUUUGAGAUAAAAAAAAUUAGUUCAGGUUAUCAGAAAAAGUUAUAAACAGUUCAUUAACAGUUGUCCCAGAGAUUUGGUUUCAAAGUUUUUAGGGUGAUACAAAAAUAUUGCAGGAUCUCUACAAUCUCAUUCGUGAUACCCGCUUGGUCCUUCCCGCCGCCAUUCCAUUUUCGAAAGACUCGGAGUUUCCCGCCAAAAUUGUGUAUAUUAUCUCCCCCAUCGAGUUCUACAUUGUCAAGCAGUCACAUUUAAAGUUUCAUCUCAAUUUUCGGUCCAAAGCGAAAAAAAGUGAACUUUCAGAGUGCUCCGGCAGAUGGAAAAGGUUCUGGACGCGUGUGUCGACAAACUCAUUAGGUUCGCUCUGAGCGAUGAGAAUUACAAGGCGGAAAACGCGUGUCUUGUUCUGGAGGAAAAGCUCCUCUACCGUGCCGUCAUCAAAGUUGCUGGUCAGCGUGAAGUCCAGGUUUCUCUUUAUUUUGAUUAAAGUUAAGCGUCAGAAGUUCUUCUCAUUGCUGUUCUUUUUUUUGGUUCAUCUCGUUUUACCUCCGAAGCCUGGGAAGGUGUUGGGAAGGUAACCAGCAGGAGGUUGGAAUGAAAUCUAGGAGACCUUGGGAAGGUGUUCAGAAAAUUAGUUGGAAGGGUUUGUAAAAAUUGAGAAAGCUGGAAACCUUCCAGCAGUGAUAGAGAUGUUGGGAAGGUAUGUGGAAGAUGUUUGUCCACUUGCUGGAAAGUUUCCAAACGCAUUCCGGGGAACCGAAAGUAGGUUCUCCUUAAUUUUUACCUGAGAAACUAGCUGAUAGGAAAUAAGCGUUGUUCGUGAACUGGGUGGUAUGAAAAAAAAACCAAAGAGAUUUCAAACGGCGACUUUUCCGAUUUUUUCAUAUCGCUAGGUAACUGGGAUAAGUUUUAGGGGGCCCUAUAGGGGGUCGCGAUUUUAGGGGGCCCUAUAGGGGGUCUGCAAGUGGCCUUUUUAGGGGGAAAUCCUUAGGGCCCCCUAUAGGGGGUCCUAAAUCGCUCCCUAAAAAUUGCAAGACCCUCAAGGGGUCGCGAAGACCCCUUGGAACGAACGUGGUUUUUUUUUUAAAUAUCUUUCUCAUUUUCUAAGUUUUGAGUUGACUCAGUCGACCCAGUUUUAGUUUAACUUUAUAACUUCUAUUUAUAUUUCAUCAAUUUCUGUGGUGCUUAAGGAAGUAAUACGUUAUUCACGAACGAGUUGUCAGUAGGAUUUUUUCGUUAUGGUUUCAAAUUGUAUUAUAAUGAUUUGUGCGUAUUUUUUUUUGCUCCAUAAAAGUUAACACGGCAAUCUGUACAUUGGUUCAGUAUUUUCAGUGUUUCGUUUAUGUACAAUUGAUAUAUUCGUUUAUGUAAAUAUGUUCAGAGUAUUUUUUUAUUUUUGGUAUUUUUCAGAGUUUCGUCUAUGUAUAAUUGGUCUACUGGAUUGUGUGAAACCGUCAGAAAUUCACCGGUAGAUGAUUUUUUUGUUGGAGGUUUUUUUGAUGUAAAUGCGUGUUUAUAUAUUCUAUUCGAUUAUUGCUCGUUAAAGAAGACUUAAUUUUUUUAUUAAGAUGCCGCGGAGUCGCGAUUUUUAUUGAUGCGCAUUGGUUCUACAGCAGCGAUGAAGAUUCUGAAAGGUAUAUCGAAAAAUGUUGAUAAUGAUAAAUGAUCGUAGAAGCACGGAAUCAGCCGGCGGAAAUUUUGAGCCGCCACAUGAACCAGAAUCAAAGGAAGAUUACCGCGGGCCGAGCAAUUCAAUAAGUUGCUUUCAAAUGUCAAAGUUGGUUGUUUUUUGCUCACUGUUCAAUUGUUCUUUUUUAUAUGUGCCAAACUUUUUGCCCUUAUGUAAGUAGUUUCAACCGUUUCCGUGUCGAAGUCCCAACGUUUUUUAUUGAAAGUUGCCCAACCAUUUGCCUUGACACAACGCGUUUUUCUUCUAUUUUUUCGCAAGUAGCGCUUAUAUCAAUAUGCUUUAGGCGUAUCUUUAUUGUCUUGAAGAGCUUCUAUUAGAUUGAUCAAUACGGUUUCCGUUGGCAGUGAUUUAGACGUGUCAAAUAUUUAUACGGGUCUUUUACGGCCAAAAGUUUUUUUGCUUCCUCGAAUAUCCUGUUACGUAUACAUAUCUUCAGUUUUUUGCUCGUUUUUUUGUUACUUAUGUCUAUCUGUUCCCAUUGAUGAUCCUGAUUGCUCUUAAUGUUUUCAAUUCCUUUCAAUAAAUUUGGAAACAGUUUCAAACGCAAUGAGAUGAGUUUACUGCGGAUGUGUUAACGAUUCGCAUUCAAUAAGGGUUUCUCUAUUUCCUCCCGGAGCUAUUUCAAAAAUUUUCCGUCCCCCCUAAAGGGACCCCUAAAAAAAUUUGUAGGGGUCCCUAUAGGGUUUCAUUUAGGGGCCCCCUCCAAGGGGCCCUAAUUUACCCCCUAUAGGGCCCCCUAAAACUUAUCCCAGUAACUUUCCGAGGUCCACCUUUCCGACGAAUCUUUUUUCCUUGAUAAAAUCUUCGUUUUGAAUACUCCUAUAUAAAGUAACGAGUUUGUUCAUGAUUAAAACACAUGAAAAAGGAAAAAAAAAUGUUAAUAGAUGUUUUAUAAACCGAAAAAAAAUAAGGGAAAAAAAAGUCGGAAAGGUGGCCGUCGGAAAGUUUCCUGGCAAUACGAAAAAAUCGGAAAAGUCGCCGUUCGAUAAGUCGGUGGUCUUUUUUUCAUACCACCAUGAAUUCCACUACAAAACACUGUAAAAACAGAUUAACCAAAAAAAGAAAUUUUUCCAUCUGCAUCUCUGACUUGCCGAAAAAUGCCAUGUGGAGAAUGGAUAUCCUUCUCGAGUUCUAGCUUUUGAAUGAAACAAAGAUUGUUAAAUCCGAUUUCAAAAAUAUCGGAUUUAUUCAAUUUUUUAAGGUGUAUCUUGUGGACUAUGGCCGACCAAAGUUUGUCGCCCGUGAUAAGUGUUAUCCGAUCCCGAAAUGCAUCGCCAACAUGGCUCCUCCUUUGGCUCAUUGCUGCACUCUUCACGGUCAUUUUUCAUCCCUUUUAGUGGCUUCCUUUAAAUUUUUGACUUUUUGGAAAUCAAAACUUCUUUUUCCUUUUUUACUUUCAGACGCGGACAGCCGUGUGCUGGACAAUGAAGCGAUGACCAGGUUUCACGAGAAGGCUGCGAAUCAUCCUGAUGUGCUCAUCCAGGGUAAUCUUUCUCUUUUCUUUUUUUGAGACUUGAAAAAAACGAAAAAAUUUAGUGGCCCCUUUAAAGGUCAAUGGAUCAUCAUAACUGGUCCAAUCUGUUUUUGUUAUAAUUAUCAGAAAUACUGGAAAGAAUACUAGAUGAAAAACUACUGAAGUGGCCACUAAAACGGAAAAUAGUGGCCACUUCACUUUAGUGUCCUCUCCAAAUAGUCCUUGGCGAGCCUCGAGAGAGAAUAUUUUUUAGAAAGUCGCCACAAUAUUUUAAUUUUCGUACUUCUUUUAAGUUCUCGAGUAAAGUUUCAAAUUAUAGCAUGUCCAUCCAAGUUUGAUCAUAAAGAAGCUUUUUGGCUUCUUAUAGAAAGUCGCGAAAAGUUUCCUUUUAUUUUUGAAAAUCUUUUAGAUCGAAUAAAUUUUCAAGUAAAAGCUCGAAUUCAAACUCAGCUUUCAGGCUCAUGGCUUCAGAAAAAGGUUUUUCGGAAGUUUUGAAGACGAAUAUUCAUUCAGAAAAAAAGUUUUUUAAAUGGCUUUUUCAAUAUUUGUGACCAUUGAUAAGCCGGAAAAUCGAAUAAAGGCGUAUCAACUGUCCUGCUUUGUUCACAAUAGUUCUCGGAGAGUGAUGAAGUUGUUACAACGAACAAACCAUCUCAUUGGCUGACCACGCCUUUUUUCUGGAAUAGUAGAGGCCAAGCAAUGAUUUAUUCUGAUAGGGCAAGAUUACAAGACCUGAAAUGAUGUCAGAACUUUAAUUCCUUUUCCAGCGCUUGGAGAAACUCGCCAAUCGCACGGUCAGCUAGUCGUGAUUUUGGAGCACAAUCCUAUUUUGCAAGAUUCUUGA